CUCUGUCACCUCCUGUCACUGUUGCCCCUCCUCUGACCAUUGUUGCCCCCCGUCUCCCGCCCCUCCCCCUCACAUUGUCUCUUUAAAGCACAGGGGAGGGGUUGGGGUGUCCGGGGCUCCUGGUCACGUGAGUGGCGCCGGCCAAUGGCGUGUGCUCCCCGGGCAGCUCCCCCACAGCAGAGCCGGGAAUGUAACAUGGCGCAGGCGGAGGAUGCAGAGCGGCGGCGGCGGAGCAUGUAGGACAAUAAGAGGCCGGAGCAGCAGAGCAGGGGGGCGGAAGACGGAGCCCCCCGAGCGGGCAGCCAGGAGACACAUUCCCCCCGUCUGUGCGGCCACAACACUGCAAAAUGUUAAUAGUGGAGAAGACCACGGACUACCCCUCCACGGAGUAUUCCCUAGUGGAAGAUGUGGCCCUUCACUUCACCUGCUUAAUGGACCGACUGAACGAACAGCGCCUGUUUCAGCCCGACCUCUGCGAUGUGGAUAUCGUGCUGGUCCAGCAGAAGAGCACCUUCCCGGCUCACAAGGGCGUCCUGGCCGCCUACAGCCAAUUCUUCCAUUCUCUCUUCACCCAGAACAAGCAGCUGCAGCGGGUGGAGCUGUCCUUGGAAGCCUUGACAUCUCGAGGUUUCCAGCAGAUCCUCAACUUCAUCUACACCUCCAAGCUCUUAGUCAACGGCUGCAACGUGCAGGACGUCUUAAACGCGGCCGCCGUAUUACAGAUGAACGAGAUUGUGACGUCAUGUCAGGAGCUCAUUCACAGCAGGUCACUCAACCUGUCCAUGGCCAAUGACAUUUUGGACGCUGAGGACAAUAGGAACGAAUCUGGCGCCGUCAUGCAGCCUCAGUUCUAUAGGGAGAUAAAGCAGGAGGUGGACGCACCUUCCACUAAAAUUUAUGCCCGGGAGGGCAACGACCCCUACUCUGUGAGAGUAGAGGACAGUGUGACUAAAGGACACAUGCCCAAUGCCACUUCGCCAAAACAGUAUUUUAAAGACGAGGAGAGGAGCGGGGCCCGGAUCUGUAAAAUAGAAGGGGCCGACUCGGAAGAGGACAUGGCGAGCCAAGAGUCCUACAACCGAGAACAGAUCAUCGUAGAGGUCAACCUAAAUAACCAGACACUAAAUGUAUCUAAAGGGACUGAGGGGAAGGGGGGUGCAGCCGACCCGGUUACUGUUCUAGACCGGUCAGACGGGGAUGACCGGGGGUCGGAAGAAGACGGGGAUGACGAGAACGACGAAGAAGAAGGCGGCCUGGAGGAGGGGGAGGACGACGACUUCCUUGACAUGUUGGAAGAUGAGGAGGACGACAUCUUGCCGAGCGAAGAAGAAGACAUAGAGGAACCCCGAGAAGAGGAGGAGGAGGAGGAAGAAGAGGAGGAGGAGGAGGAAAAGGACAAUGAUGACUCAGCAGAGACAGCCAAAGAUGAAAACUCCCCGGAGGACGGGAACAAGUCGCCGAGCGAGAACGAGUCCAACAAGCUGAGCAAAGACGCAAAAGGGGCACAGAACCAAGGAGGUGGGGGGAGGCGGAAGAAAAAAGGACAGGACCCUUUGGGGCAAAAGGCCAAAUUUGAUGAGAAGCAGCACUUUCCCUGUAAGAAGUGCCCUAGGGUUUUUAAUAAUAGGUGGUAUCUGGAAAAGCACAUGAACGUCACCCACAGCCGCAUGAGGAUUUGCGAUAAAUGCGGCAAAAGGUUCCUUCUGGAGAGCGAGCUGAUGCUUCACCACCAGACAGACUGUGAAAAGAAUAUACAAUGUUUAACGUGCGGGAAGACCUUCAAGAAGCUGUGGUCCCUUCACGAACACAAUAAAAUCGUCCACGGUUACGCGGAAAAGAAAUUUUCCUGCGACAUCUGCGAGAAGAAAUUCUACACGAUGGCUCACGUACGGAAGCACCUGGUCGCUCACACAAAGGACAUGCCCUUCACGUGUGAAACCUGCGGGAAGUCCUUCAAGCGUAGCAUGUCCCUGAAGGUCCACUCUCUGCAGCACUCCGGCGAGAAACCCUUUAAAUGUGAGAACUGCCAUGAGCGAUUCCAGUACAAGUACCAGCUGCGGUCGCACAUGAGCAUACACAUCGGGCACAAGCAAUUUAUGUGCCAGUGGUGCGGCAAAGAUUUUAACAUGAAACAGUAUUUCGAUGAACAUAUGAAGACACAUACAGGAGAAAAGCCUUUCAUCUGUGAGAUCUGCGGCAAAAGCUUCACCAGUCGGCCGAACAUGAAGCGCCACCGCCGGACACAUACCGGAGAGAAGCCGUACCCUUGCAGCGUGUGUGGCCAGCGCUUCCGGUUUUCCAACAUGCUCAAAGCUCACAGGGAAAAGUGCUUCCAAGGCGGGAUCCCCCCAACUCCCGGGAGUCCUGGAACAGCAGCGAGUCUCUCCGCCUCAUCACAAAGCGGCAACUCACCGAACCAGUCCAGCCCCGGCCUCUCCCCCACCCUGCCUCAUCAUCCCCUUUCUCUGCCCCUCCUCCAUUCCCUCCCCCACAGCAUGCCUCCGCCAUCUCUCCAUCUGCCUCCUCCGCCUCCGCUCUUCCCUGCCGGCCGCAUAAACUCUAACACCAACUAGAACCAAGCUAAGAACUGGCCUGACCAAUCUGAAGUGCUCCCUCCCUGCCCUCCAAGACAACGCUGUGGCAUCAUGGCCGAUUUACAUUUCCUUUUUGUUUUUUUUUACGUUGGUCCGUCUCAGUCCAUAUGUGAUGGAGGGCGGAGGAGGUAGAUGUCCUGGCUCAUUUCCCCGCCAUCGUUGCGCUCUUCUUGCACAUGCUUGCAGCAUUAAGAUACAAGGGUGAGGACAAAAGUGCUACAAGCCGACUUCUCGCUACUGUGCUCUUUGUGUUUUUAGUACAUAUUAAUGUUAAUACGGUAAAUUCCUAUUUUAUUUUUUUCUUUUAUCUUUGUAUUAUGUUCUGUUCUUAUGUGAAACUGUCCAACAACGCCAAUUGCACCGCAGCUCAGAGGUCAUAUAGACGCACAGCUGCCCCGGGCCACACAGCUGUGGCGGAAUAUAGAGGGUCAUCAGGUGGUCGCCGACGUUCAUGGCGGAUGGAGAACGUACGCUCAUGUCCUCUAUUCAUCAAUUCUAGGCAACCCCGCCUAAUCUGGAGCAUCAUGGUGGAUCUCCCAUGGGGGAAGCAGAGAUAUAUAUUGAGUAGUAAUAUAGAAGCUGUUUCACCUUCCAGUCUGUAUGAUGGUUUAAUAAACCAGAGCACCCAGAGUAAAAAAAAAAAAAGUGAAGGUGGCCACCAUAUUGACUGUGUCCGCGACAUUUCGUCAUGGUUGAAGUUUGUUACAUCCUGUUUUUCAUACAGUGUGUGAUUAAUGGGACGGAGUCUAUUCCUGUUACAUAAAUGGGAUCUUUUGUUUUUUUUUACCAGUUUUGAUGUUGUUGUUUUUUUGUUUUUGUUUUUUAAACCAACAUUUAUCGAAAUGUUUCCCUAAUGAGAAAGUUGAAUUGAUAGAUGACAGAAGAAGUGAAUGUAAGAUCUUGUUAAAGGGGAUGUCCAAUGUCCCAGGACUGGAAUAAUGAAGGGGAGCCUCCCAUUACUUAGUGGUCCUGGGACCGGAGUCGCAAUUUUGUGUACUUUUUAUGUCACUCUUUAAAGGGGUACUCCGCAGCUCAGCGUUUGGAACAAACUGUUCCGAACGCUGGAGCCGGCGUCGGGAGCUCGUGACAUCAUAGCCCCGCCCCUCAUGACGUCACUCCCCGCCCCCUCAAUGCAAGUCUAUGGGAGGGGGCGUGACAGCCGUCACGCCCCCUCCCAUA